AUGGCGGCACUGAUCACUCGGGCCACUUCAGUGGCGCUGGUGUCCGAGAUGAUGGCGCAGGGCCGCAAGUCUGCCGCUGCCCUCGAGGCCCUGCUCCAGGUCCAGGACCAUGCCGGGAUGCGUGAGCUCACCGCUGAAAUCCUCCGCUGCUGCGACCGCGCCCUCGGCGCCCUCCACGGCAAACCUGCUGGCCGGCAUAAGCGCAAGCCGGCCCGCCAUGGCGGCGCAGCCACUCAGACAAAGCCCAAAACAAGGACGCGCGCGAGCAGCGGAGAGACGACCAGGGUGGAGUGGAAGCGGAACUGGGACGACGGCUUCAUGUGGACCAAGUACGGGCAGAAGCACAUCCGAGGCAGCGACCACCCUAGGCACUACUUCAGAUGCGCCUACGCGCUCCACGACGGCGGCUGCCCCGCCUCGAGGCAUGUCCAGCGAUCCCCGGAGCAUGACCCUCCCCUCUACGUCCUCACCUACUUGGCCGACCACACCUGCUGCCGCCACGGCGUCGCGGCCGCCGUUGUGAAGAACGUCAAGAUGCAGCCGCCGCUCGUCCUUGACUUUGGGUCGGCGGCCGCACCGUGCAGCCGCUCUCCUUGUUGGCUCAACUACGGCGAUACUGUUUGGGGUGAGACCUCACGCUCGCAGGAGCUCCGAGCUGAGGUGACCAAAGUUGAGUCAACGCCGUCGUCAGACUUGCUCCCCGCGGUGCCGGCGGUUGUGGCGCAGAUGAGCUCGUCGGCAGACGACGCCCGUUGCUCCUCUCCCCCUGCUGCAUGGGACCCAUCGGCUGCCGAUUGGGAGUACUUCGUGAACAACUCUUCGGAUUAUGUUAGAGAGUUCUUCGAUUUGGAAGACGUUGUCUUGUAA